UUUCGAAUAUAUCUGAAAAUAUUUAAAUGUAUUGUUGUAAGUUUUCUUUAAAACAAUUUACUCAGCUUCAUUGUGUCACUCAUACGAAAUACUUUUGAAAAGUUCCUCGAUUGUGAUUGGUUCCACAUUAAGUAAAACAAUAUGACAAAAGACAAAGAUGUUCGAUAAAAUGAUUUUGACCAAGUUAUAAUAAACCUUAAAAAAAUUGUAAAAUUUAAUGUCCUAUAACUUUUAUACUGGAAAAAACCCGUGUGAACAUUUAGAAAAAGUUGUGAUCGUAAUUUUUUAAAAAUCCAGUGAAAACCAUGUGGCAAUUUGUGUAUAACGAUCGCUUCACUGUUGUUGAUUGAAAAACUGUGAAUACAUGUUUUAUUUGGGUGGAAAUAAGUAAGGUGUACGUAGAAAUAUAACUGUUUUUUUACUGAUUAAAGCAAGUCGGUUGUUGUUAGAUAAUACAUUUAUUAUAUUUAAAAAAAUGUAGGCGUCUGAGUUUAUCUACGGGAUGUUGAGUAUAAAGGUUAAUAAUUAAUCAAUAAAUUAUAACUAACAUUAGUUUAUUACUAAAAUUCAAAUAGUUACUUAUGUAAGUUGUGUUUUAAAGUCCAUACUGCCUAAUGAUAAGAUUUCAUUACAUAACCAAUCUGGUUGCUUGGGUUCUCGAGUCUUCAAUAUAAAUAUUUUUUGUAAAUAACUGCAAAAGGUGGACGUCAAACUUACAGAGAAUUAUACAUGUAUAUACAGAUAAAAUGUUAUCAAGUGAAAGUAUUUGUAAACAUGUAUGUAGAUUAAAUUACCAAUUGUUCAAAAAAUGAAUAGCGGAAACUCUAGAUUGCAAUUUAACUAUCAGAUUGUGUUAUCUGUUUUAUGUGUGCGCAUAAAGUAUUAUUUUAAAACUAUUGCUUGCCAAUAAAUAUUUACAAAUUGCUAAUAACACAUUAUUUGCCAAGAAAACCUAUUGUUUCUACAUCAGUAUCUUAGUAUUGGUUAAGAUAGGUUCAUAACUAUUUUUUAUGAGAAUUGUUGGAAUUUAAAUACUUAAGAAUCGAAGGCAUAUUUGAUAUAAUAACUUAAGAAUAAUUACAGUUAUUUAGAAAUAAGUAGGUAGUCAAAUUAUUUAAAUACUCGAAAUGUAAAAAGUAAAGUGAAGUACUUCACCACAUUCAUACAAAUCAAAAUCAAUAAAACGUGCAAGUAAAUUAAGGUCAAUAGAAACGAUACCCAUUCGAAUAACCAUGGACCGGUGGCCAAAAGACGUGGGCAUUCGCGCUAUUCAUUUCGUCGUACCGUCGUUGUACGUAGACCAAACCGAUCUGGAACGUUACGACCAGGCGGCCGAGGGUAAAUACACUAUCGGUCUGGGACAAAAGCAAAUGGGGUUUUGCACGGACUUGGAGGAUAUCAACUCGCUGUGCUUGACGGCCGUCAGCCAACUGGUCGAAAACAACGGUAUCGAUUACACGGACAUCGGCCGCUUAGAAGUGGGCACCGAGACGAUAAUCGACAAGUCGAAAAGCGUCAAGUCGGUACUGAUGAAACUGUUUCAGCCCAGUGGCAACUUCCAAGUAGAAGGUAUCGACACGACCAACGCCUGUUACGGCGGCACAGCAGCGCUGUUUAACGCUCUAUCGUGGAUCGAAUCCAGCGCCUGGGACGGCCGGUUGGCCAUCGUGGUGGCCGCCGACAUCGCCGUGUACGCCAAGGGUAACGCUCGGCCCACCGGUGGCGCAGGAGCCGUUGCCAUGCUUGUCGGACCCGACGCGCCGUUGGUAAUCGAAAGGGGACUUAGGGGUUCGUAUAUGAAUCACGCGUACGAUUUCUUCAAGCCAGACCUCACUUCAGAGUAUCCGGUCGUCGAUGGUAAACUGUCCAUCCAGUGUUACCUGAACGCUCUCGACCAGUGUUACAAGUCCUACAGGAGUAAAUGCGGCAAAAAGUGUAACUUAAACGAAUUCGACUCGUUCGUGUUUCACACGCCGUAUUGUAAACUGGUUCAGAAGUCGUUGGCCCGGCUGUACUUGAACGAUUUCGUCAACAGCGACAGUAAGUCUGAAGACUAUCCCGGGCUGGAACGGUUCCAAGACAUCAGUUUGCCCGAUACCUACUUCGACCGGGACGUGGAAAAGGCGUUCAUGGAACGAAGCAAAGACACGUUCGAACGCAUGACGAAACCGUCGCUGUUGCUGGCGUCGCGCGUCGGCAACAUGUACACGCCGUCCGUGUACGGCGGUUUAGCGUCUUACCUGGUCUCCCUGUCCGUAGAUCAGCUGCCCGAUAAGAAAAUCGGAGUGUUCUCUUACGGGUCGGGCCUGGCGUCGUCGAUGUACUCCAUUCGGGUGUCCGGCAACGACGGAUUACCGGCGCUCAUUAGCAACCUCAAGAAGAGUUUCGACAAUCUGGAACGACGAUUGCGCGUGUCACCCGAGAAUUUUACCGAGGUUUUGGAAAUAAGACAGAAAGCGCUGCACCAGGCACCUUACGUGCCCAUCGGCAAUAAGAGUGACCUGUUCCCAGGCACGUGGUACUUGUCUAGCGUCGACGAAAUGCACAGGAGGUACUACGAGAGAAAAGAAUCGUGAUACUUGCACGGCGAUUAUUAAAUACAAAAAGAAUUAAGAAUAACAUCUUUCUAUUUUUUAGUCAUUAUAGGAACGUUUUUUUUUCUAUGCUCACCACAGUUAUUACCUUCUAUUUCGGUUUUCUUAGUUAUUUCUUUCGGUAUUAGUAUAACCUAUUUAAAAUAAUAAUGUAUUCUUAACUUUUCCGUAGUGCAAAUUCUAGUGCGUAUAUAAAUAUUAUAUUUUGUUGUAUAGUUUUUUCUUAUAAAAGAUUAUUUUUGCCAGUAGUUAAUUAUAUUAUUUUUGUAUAAUAAUAAAAACAAUUACGAGUAUUUUUAAGUAUAAUAUAUAUAUAUUGUUUAAAUUUAUUAUAAACGGUGUGGGUUUUUGACAAAAAUAUUUUGUAAUUUAAUUUUUUUUAACGGCUUUAUUGUUAAACAAUAAUCGCAAAACAUAAUUUACUGUGGUGGUUUUGUAAUAACAUUAUUAUUGAACCAGCAUCGGUUGUUUUGAAUAAACUAUAAAAUAAUUACCAAAUAAAGUCUUCAACCGUUAUAUUUUGGUGUACUCUUAUAAAUUAAAAAAUUUAAGAACCAUAAUAUAUAUCUGUAAAAUGGAGUAAAAAAUAAUACAAAUUGUUGUAGGGUAGUAAAGAUUUGUUCACUUGAAGAUUCGCAAAUAUGUUUUUGUUCCCUUAGGAAUUUACUAUAUUUGUAGUUCGAUUAUUAAUCAAGUUAAAGUAGGUAGUCAUUCUAACCUACAGUGUAUUUUUGUGUGUUACACACUAUAUUAUCAGGGCUGUGUUCUAAAUUCAUAUAAGCAAAUGGUUCACAUAUUCGGAUCCGAAUA